AUGCCCUGGUUUCGGGAGCCCCAAGUGAUCCUGUCCAGAUUGGUGGGCCUCAGCACUACCCUCUCCGCCCUGUGGUUCUGCCGCAAAGUGGGCUGCUGGGCGAAAUCGCUCGGCCGCCUAGGAGCACUGAUUCUGCGCUUCGUGCGGCGGGGGCGCCUCUCCCGGCGUCCGCCCGAUUAUGGGCACCUGCUGAUGAUCCCGCUCUACCCAGGAAACCCUCCGUCGCUUCAAGCAGCCAGUGAGUCAGAAAGUUUGGCAGAGAAAGCUCGCUCCGCCAGCCCGGAUGAAGCUCUCGCUCUCCUCGGUGAAGCCGUGUUGCUGAAUCCUCCGGAUGCAAGCUUGCAUUUGGCACGGGCGCAGGCCCAGAACGAGUGUAGAAGGCAUAUUGAAGCUUUGGACGAUGCAGAGCUUUGCGUCUCUUUGGACAGCAAGUGCCUUGAGGGCUGGCUUUGCAAAGGCAAGGCUGAACUCGCCUUGGGCCGAGCAGCGGAUGCAGCCACGAGCUUUCAGGCUGGUUUGGCCCUUGAGCCAAAUCACCCGGAGCUUUUGAGGCAACUCUCAGCAGUGGCACCGGCACCGAAUAUUUUACAGCAAUUCAAAGAGUUAGUCUUUGCAGCUAGGCUUGGCCUUGAAAACUUGUUUCAGACUCUGGAGGACCCUCAGAGGACCACAGAUGCUUUCGUUGAUAGCAAUGCAGAGGUGCUGGAUGCACAGAUCUCAUUGUUGGCACAGACUCUUCACGUGAACACCUCAGUGCUCUUCGACUCCCCGCGGCUCUGCGAUGCUUACGAGCAGAUUGUGCACGCUUGCGCACAGCUGGUGUCUGGCGCCCCGAAAUCCUUUUCGAGAAAGCUGCAGAAUGCCAAGAAUAUUGUGGAGGGACUCAGUCUGGCUGUAAGAAUCGGCUGGCAGAUCCACCAUGGUCUUGCCAAGCACGCCGCCAGCGCCCUGAUCAUCCUUGCCACAUGUCCUGAGGCGGAGGAGGGACUUCGAAGAAUGGCCGUUCGACAGCUCUUGGGAGGACUUCUGCGCUGGCUGGUGGAUGCAAGGCCAGAGCCUGAGCGGGAGGUGGAGGAGGUCUGCGGAUGCAGCUGCGCUGUCCCCUGGAAGGCUGCUGCCUGCUACUUAGAACGACUCUUUGAGAUUGGGACCGGGAGGCCCAUGUCCCUGAUCCAGUUUGAGUGUGAGCAUUGGCCUGACACAGUUCAGCUGUGCCAGUGGCUCACCUUGUCUGUUCGAGACUAUCAUGCCACCCCGCUGGGCCUCGUCGCUCUGCUUCAGAUGCCCGGAGUGGCGGCGAAAGCGAUGAAGACCCAGGCGAGGGUGGACUUCUUCAUCGCGCCCCAUCUCUUCGCUGAGGAGUUCGGUGCUGCGGGAAGCGAGGGCGAGGAGUUCUUCGAGGAAGCCGAGGAUGAGCCCAUGACGAUGGCCAUGGAAUCGGAGGAAACCUGGGAGCUCCCCGCAAGCCGGGCAAACAACGUCCCCUGGUGGAGAGCGGCGCAGAUGAGCCGACAACCCCUGAGAGCCUGGCGACAGCAAAUGCGGUUUGCGGCGGCUGCCGUGGCAGCUACAGCAGCUACAAGCACAAGCGAGAACCGCGAGAACCAGAACGAGCAGAACCAGAACCAAGAUCCCUCCUUGUUUUUUCCAUCAGAGGCGUCUUCGGCUUCAACUUCCUUCAGCCGGGGUCCAGGUGCUGAGAUCUCGAGGAUUCUGGGGAGCGAUCCAAAUCUUGCCAGUAUCCUGAAUGCCGCCUCCUCCGCCGGUAUUCCGACUUUGUUCCGCUGGAUCCCCGAUCCACCGCCACCUCCGCCCCAAAGACUCGGAGAGUGGCUCAUGAAUUCAUUGGGUUAUUUAUUCCUUUUUAUUGAAGGUGAUGCCCUAUUCACGGUCUAUGCCUGCCGGGCUCUCAAGACGCUGGCAAAGGCUGAUCCAGAUGGUGACGGGCAAACAAGACUUCUAAAUGGCAUGUGGCUGGGCGUUCCUUUGCUCAGCAAGCUGUCUCUUGCAGCUUGCACGAACACGGCAGCGCUUGAUUUGCUGCACUGCCUAUUCGAAGCCAAGUGCCCCGUGGCAAGAGGCGGUAUUCGAUGUGCCACACUGUCUUUAGCACAUGCUUUGGCCAGCGAUGCUCUGCCCAACGAGCAUGAGGAUGACAUCCACAUGGCCUCUUCAACCAGCGCUUCGUCGCAGGACAUGCAAGACAUGUCAGAAGAGGCUGAGGUUUUUUCUGGUCUCCAGGGAACAGACGGCGCUGCCCAGGCAGCUCCGGCACCAGAGAUGCUGGGCGAGGGUGGUUUUGCCCAGAACCUUCUUGCAGGCCACGAAGAUGAUCUGGUACCAUCCUGGGCAGAGUUUCACCACGAGCUUUUUCAGGAGCUGGCUUGCCCCACAGACAGGGACCGUGCGACGGAGCUCGUGACCCUCGCGAAUUUUGAAUCGAAGGCCAGCCUCCUGGCGGAGCAGGCAACGGUCCAUUCGCUUGAGCCCCAGACAGAGGAGGGAAGAAGCUAUAGCUUUGCAGCUGUUCCAGCAGCAUGGAACCGAAAUGUCCUGGCAGAGAUGGAUCCAAAGCAGGGAAGUCAGGCCUCGGACGAAGUCCACGGCUCACCACCAGGAUGGCAGACAGUUUCUUCCCAGAGACUGCUCCUUUUCCAUGAGCUAGAUGGCUUCCCGGUGGGCUCUGCUGAAUACCUUCGCGAUGGCCGGAUGAAAGGCAAGGUCGUGCUCAUGUCCAGGAGAUCGAUCCGUUCCAGUGAGAAGGUUCACAAUUGGGCGCAGGCCGUAUCCUCCGCUGAGCAGGCAGGUGCUUCUGCAGUCAUCGUCUUCAACGACCUUGAUGCCAUGGAGCCCUUCCGGAUGGGACUCUUCGGGGAAAAGCUGCCUUCCAUUCCCGCCUUCAUGAUCAGUGGGAAGGACGGAGCGAGCCUGGGCUCACGGUCCCGGGACUCGGAGGUGAUCAUCGUCAGGUCGGUCUUGAGCUCUGCCAGCUCAGCCUCGCCCCCGUUGCCCCGCUCCUCGCCAGCGCCUGCGCCGCCCUCUCCCCCGCCUCCCCCUCCGUGGCCACUCGCAGGCGGACGCAUCGCGGACAUCGCCCAGGCUUGGAGUCUCUUGGAAGCCCUCUCUGCACAUGGCGAGCCUACCGACGAUCUGGAGAAGCUGCUUCAGCGAAUGAGCGUGCCGGAGAAGCGUGUGUGGCUCACGCGCCGGCUGGUACGUCAUCAUCGUGCCCAGCAGGCCACUACGACAGACGCAGACCUCGCAGAGACACCGCUGGCCUUCGUUGAGAGUGACCGAUGGCUAGCACCAGAGAAGCAACUCGCAGCUCUCCGGCACCAGGUGAUGGAGAAGACCGGGCUUGGGAGCGUGGACAUCUGCGGUGAGUUCGAAGUGCGCUUCCGUGGUGAACAGGGGGUGGGAAGUGCUGUGGUCCGGGAGUGGAUGGACCUGGUGGCCAGAGACGUCUAUUUGGUGCCCAAGUUGAGGUUGCUGCGGAGCUAUGACCAACGGCAGACAUUUUGGCCAGAUGCUGCCGCCCCAUUUGUGAACAAGGCUUGGCAGAUGGACUUCGAGAUCCUCGGGUCUUUGAUCGGUCUUGCGCUAUGGCAGAACUGCACACUUGACCUCCCGCUUCAUCCGCACGUCUGCGCCUUGCUCUUUGGAUUUCCAGAAGACCGGCUAACAGCUACGCUGGCCGACAUGGAUGCGGAGCUCUUCCGUCACAAAGUGCAAUGGCUUCUUGCCAACCCCAUCAACCAGCUCGGCAUUGAACUCGGCUUUUCAGACCCUCUCGGGACGGAGGAAGCAGAGGGCGAGGGCGAGGAGGGACAGGAGGGACAGGGAGACAAGGCGAAGGCAGCAGAACCGGAACCGCCUGCAGACUAUGGACCAACGCUGCCAGCUCUGGUCUUUCCAGGGCAGCGCUUGGCUGGUGACGAUCGGAGCUGCGAGGUAGAGCCAUGGCCACUUCCCAAAGUCGGAGCGGCUGAAGUAGCGCUGCAAGAUGCUGUGGAUUCUGUGGAUGUGGUGACGGAUGAAAACAAAGAGACCUUCGUGGAAUUGCUCAAAGACUGGAGGUUGCAGAAGGGCAUCGCACCACAAGUUCAAGCGAUGGCCAAGGGUCUCUCCAAGGUUCUUCCUGUAGAGCUUCGACAGGAGAUGCACAACUUGUUGACCCCAGUUGAAAUCGCACAACUACUUUCAGGGUUGGGAGGCACUCUCUCCGUCGACGACUGGGAGCAACACACUUCUUACACCCACGGUCUGAGCAAGCACAGCGAUGUUGUCAUGUGGUUCUGGCGGGUCGUGAGAGGCUGGGCGGCCUCAGAAGAGGACCAGGAGCUGCUGGUUCAGCUCCUUCAAUUUGUGACGGGCAGCGCGAGGGUGCCUGUGGGGGGCUUCAGCGAACUGGUGGGCUUCAAUGGCGCCAAGCACAACUUCACCCUGGCUGGAGCCCAGAACCAUUUAUCCAAGCAGGCCCUGCCCGUGGCUCACACCUGCAUCUGCACCCUGGACCUGCCCCUAUACGACGACUUCGAAACCUGCCGUCGGAAGAUGACGCAGAUGCUGCGUUUGGGAAGAAGUCACUUCGAUGAAGGAGCUGGCCAGCCAGAAGGGGCGGACGCGGAGUGA